AUGGCUGAAAAACCAGCUGAUGUAAAGGAUACUCCUGAUAUGUGGUUGAAAAUUGAACGUAGACAAUUAGAAAUGGAUGGUAACAUAGACAUCGAUGUAUUGUUACCUAAUGGAUUUGUUAUUACUGUACAGUGCUCCAUAGAUUACUCAUUAGCAAUGUUGAAAGAGGAAGUGUUUUCAAAGGCCAAAAAAUUACCAUUUUUCAAUCUUUUGCUCACACCAUCGGACUACAUAUUUACCACUCUUGGACCCAAUAGUGAAAUCGAAGAGUUGUACGAUGAAGCACAAUCCAUAUUUUCCUUGAGACUUUUCGUACCUAUGCUAAGAUUGAUUGAGCCUAUAGGGAAUCGAAAAGAAAAGGAAAUGGCACAUGAUAUUGCAAAACUAUCGCCUGAAGAGAUGUCGUCUGCCACUUUGUAUGGGACUUCCUGA